UGCGCGGCGCUUCGGCUUCGCUACUAACUUAUGAUGUAGCUGCGCUGUGUCGAGCUCGUCCGAAUCCCGUCUUCCUUCCUCUCUUCUGGAUCGCGGCUGCUAGUCGUGUUCACUUCGGCCAGAUUUACACUGAGAUGGAGUCAACCUCUGAACUACAGUCCAGAUUGUCUUCCCUGUCCGUGUCAUCUUUCCCAGGAAUAACAUCGAAAAACUGCGAGAACAGCGACCAGGACCGGCUCCGGAGUACAGACCUCUCCCAGCGGCCGCACGUCCCGGUCGGCACCCCGCCUUCUGAUCGCGGAAAAGACGUUGCUGCGUCUCCCUCCCCCUCCGAGCAUAUGCUGGACACAGCUGAGGGCGACCCGGAAGUGCUUCACAGCAAUGGUAAAGAGCAGCCCAGUGAGGAAAAACAAGCCCCGAUGCCACCGAUGAACCCACCUUCCACCUGGACAUCCCCGGCGUUGAAGGAGCUGAAGGCGAAGCUGCAGCAAGAGAAGGACUGUGUGGUGACCAUCUACCGCGGCGACGUGAUGACCGUCAGAGUACCCACGGUGCCAGAGGGCAAGCGCAUCUGCUGGGAGUUCGCCACCGACGGCUACGACAUUGGCUUCGGCAUCUACUUCGACUGGACGCCGGUCACCACCCGUAACAUCACCGUGCAGAUCAGCGAGUCUAGUGAUGAUGAGGAUGAGGAAGAUGAGCUUGAAGGGCCUGUGAGACCAGGUGACGUAGAAAAGGGGUCCAAAUCGGCAGCCAGCUCUACCCUCGGAGAGAUCCUACCCGUGUACCGGCAGGACAGCCACCUGGCCGUGCAAGCAGGCAGUCAUGAGUACCCUGGUGACGGAACGUACCUCCUGAAGUUUGACAACUCCUACUCAUUGUGGAGGAACAAGACUCUGUACUACAGAGUGUACUACAGUGCCUGAGAAUCACAUCAGUCACCACAGAUGAAUGUAUAGCCCAAGAGACUUCAGAGAUAUCUAUUUUUGAUUCUAUAUAUUGUACGCUAGGGUUCAUGGAUAGGUGCGUUUGAUAUGUUGUGGAAAUCAAAUGUUGUGGUUUUGCGUUUCUGGGGGAGAGACUUUGAUCAGAAGCAUUGUAGUGCAUUUUUAAAGAGUCUUUGUGUACGUCCAAUGUAUUAAUUAUUGUUUUAUAUGCUGUCUAAUGUGAUGAUUUCCACUCUAUAUGGUCUUUAUACCAAUUCAUUCAACAUUGCCCAGACAACCGUCUGGCUACGCAAAUACUAAAAGAGGUGUGUUUAGGAUUUAAAAGUUUUGUUGUUAUUUUAGUACAAGUACUGAGUACAAUGAGAUACUUACUUGUAUCUUUCCUAUAGACUGGGUAAUUCAACACUGUAACAAGAGUAACAUAGGACAAACUUAGGUAGGAUAACCACUUAGGUGCAUUCAAGGAGGUUUAUUAGGAAAUUUUGAACAUGUAAGGCUUUGUGUUUGGGGAACAAAGACGAUCAAAUAAAAUGACUUGUGUACACUGCAUUCCCCUUCAUUCUGGUUAUCCAGAUUGUUCUGGAACAGCACACUUUUGUUCACGUUUUUAUAUUUCUGUUUAUUUACACAUUUUGUUGGGAUAUUAGGCCUUGGGGGAACCAUUCUGUCCUGUUCAGACAGAUUGCAGAAAGUUUGUGCCCUGGCACAUAAACCCUGUAAUAGUUAAUAGUUGAGUAUUUUGAACGAUGAUCACUGUAAUUCGAUAUUUCAGGCAUUCAGCGCUAUUGUGUUAUUACAAAAGUUCAAAAUACAGCAUUUCAAUGGCUUUAACCAGCGUCUUUGACAGGCAAAGGAUAGGCGUCUCUCUUCGUAACGGGUAGUUUGGCAGUACGUUCAAUAUUGACACAGGCCAUGCCUUCAUUUGGUGUAUAUAAAGAGCUUGUUUCACUAAUAAAUGCAGGCUGUGGGAGAAAGAGGUAUAAUUUGGCCGUCACGAGAAAAGAAAGAAACGGCAAAUCACGUACUAAUCACUAAAAUCAUAACUGAGCAGAUCCUGCAGUAUAACUGCUAAUGCAGGCGACGGAUUCAUGUAUCUGCUGCUGGUCUGACGUCACUCUACGCUUGUAAUCGUUGCUGUCGUGAUGUUAAUUUAGAACAGUAUGUAGCACCACGAUUUAUUCGCAAACGUUUUGUAGGAUCUGUUUGAUUUCAAUGCUUUGGUGCCUGUUUACAAAGAAAUCUGUAUGUUCUGCUGCUACCUAUACGGGGGGAACCCGAAGCUUUCUGUGUUAACUGUGCGAUGUCUUUUUCCAGUCUUGUACCCAUGAGCAGUUUGUUCAAUAAACAAAGGCCUUUGGUUUAAUUUAAAUAA